GUUUUUACCUUGAAGACAGUUUCUCUGAGUCAUUUAUUCCGGAGGACAGAGCUAGGAAGAGAGCAGGGGACAAUCAGGGAAAAAAUCCUGAUGAAAGUCAUUUGAUGGCCUUUUUGUAGGGGUGGGUGGCUAGGACGUUUAUGAUUAGGGCUCUUUAUUUUUUCGGAAAGAGUAUUCUGUUGAUACUUCCCCCACAGUUAUUCAACAUUUAUGUAUCUGUUACUUCAGGAGAGAAGUCAGUUAAAAGAAAAAAGGCUCUUAUUUUUCUGAGCUUUUCUGGUAUAUUCUGAAGGAGGUGGUGUCUUAAUUUUUCUAUAUUUAUACAAGAAGAGUAUUUUCAUAAAGAUCCAAAAUGUCAUCAUUUGCAAAAGAUUUUAGCAAAGCGAUGUCUCAGGCUGGUACCUCCCCAUUCCAGGAAGCAAUUAGGCAAGAACUGGAAUAUUCCAUGAAAGUGGAACUGGAUAAAAUACUUGCAACUGCACCACAGAAUGAGCUACAGCACACUAAAAAAGACCUGGAAGGAUUUCAAAAGCUCUUUCACAGAUUCUUACAAGAAAAAGGACCAUCAGUGGACUGGGGGAAGAUCCAAAGACCUCCAGAAGAUUCUAUACAGCCAUAUGAGAAGAUAAAAGCAAGAGGGUUACCUGAUAGCAUUGCUUCAGUUUUGAACAAGUUAGUUGUGGUGAAACUCAAUGGCGGCUUGGGCACCAGUAUGGGAUGUAAAGGCCCCAAAAGUCUCAUUGGGGUGCGGAAUGAGAAUACAUUCCUGGAUUUAACAGUUCAACAGAUUGAACAUCUAAAUAAAACUUACCAUACAGAUGUUCCUCUAGUUCUGAUGAAUUCCUUCAACACUGAUGAAGAUACAAAAAAAAUCUUGCAAAAAUACAGCCAUAGUGGUGUGCAAAUCUACACUUUUAAUCAAAGCAGGUAUCCUCGAAUUAAUAAGGAGUCUUUACUUCCAAUAGCAAAAGAUGUAUCUUACUCAGGAGAGAACACAGAGGCUUGGUAUCCCCCUGGCCAUGGAGACAUCUAUGCAAGUUUCUAUAAUUCUGGAUUGCUGGAUACUUUUAUUGGAGAGGGGAAGGAAUAUAUUUUUGUUUCCAACAUAGAUAACCUUGGGGCCACUGUUGAUCUCUAUAUCCUUAAUCACCUCAUGAAUUCACCAAAUGGAAAACGAUGUGAAUUUGUUAUGGAGGUCACCAAUAAAACAAGGGCAGAUGUUAAGGGUGGUACGCUUACACAGUAUGAAAACAAACUGAGGCUAGUAGAAAUAGCUCAGGUGCCAAAAGCACAUGUCGAUGAAUUCAAGUCUGUUUCAAAAUUCAAAAUAUUCAACACAAACAACCUAUGGGUUUCACUAUCUGCAAUUAAAAGGCUGCAGGAACAGAAUGCUAUUGAUAUGGAAAUCAUUGUCAAUCCAAAGACUUUAGAUGGUGGUCUAAAUGUGAUUCAACUGGAGACUGCAGUUGGUGCUGCUGUUAAAAGUUUUGAGAACUCUUUGGGAAUAAAUGUUCCCCGUAGCCGUUUCUUGCCGGUCAAGACAACGUCUGAUCUUCUACUUGUGAUGUCUAACCUAUACAGCCUUAAUGCUGGGUCUUUAACAAUGAGUGAGAAACGGGAAUUUCCCACUGUACCACUGGUCAAGCUGGGGAGCUCUUUCACCAAGGUUCAGGAUUUCCUGAGGAGGUUUGAAAGUAUCCCAGAUAUGCUCGAGCUGGAUCAUCUAACUGUUUCAGGAGAUGUCACUUUUGGGAAACAUGUUGCAUUAAAGGGAACCGUCAUAAUUAUUGCAAACCAUGGUGACAGGAUUGACAUCCCUCCUGGAGCAGUUCUGGAAAACAAAAUAGUCUCUGGCAAUCUCCGGAUCCUAGACCACUGAGCGGCUGUGAAUUUCAUGUGAUGUAGACGGUUUCACAAGUGGAAGAAUGUAUAGGCAUCACCUUUGUAUACAAACAAUCUGUUCGCUGUUCUUACAGCAUUAUUUCUGUAAUCCCCUUUAACUGAGAAAACUCAGAGAGGCAAACAUUUAAAUGACUGUGUAAUUCAGUUAAUAUAACCUAAAGUGCAGUAUGGUUUGUCUUAAAGACAAGCAGCUCUUGUGUGAGAAGUUUAACCUGCUGAUUUUCAGUGAGUUUUGAACUGCUUGUACCAGAAAAAGCCGUGAAACAAUGCGCUGUUAACUAUUAACAUUAUGUAGUAGUUUUGCUACUAUAGCAGGUAUGCCUAAAAUGUUACUUGCCUUUCUGUACUUCAGACUGUGCUACUCACAGCAAUUUCACCCCC